ACGUUUGGGCUCUGGUUCUGUAAACCUAAUAAGCUUAGUAGCUUCUGCAGCCCCUGCCUGUUACAUACUCACUCACUCUCCACAACCUCCGAUCGCCACCGUCAUCUCUCCGGCGACUCUAAUAUUUCGUAAAGCACGAAUGAAUGACACCAUCACUCUAUAAAACAACUUCACAGUCACCGUUUCGAUCACCAUGCUUUCUCGUCUAAUCCCCAAACCCUAUCAUUUCCGUCGCUUCCUCUCCCUUCCGUUGAAGCCGCCCCAAUUCCCCGCCGCGCCCCACUUCUCCGCCAUCGUUCCGAAGCACUUCUCCACCGGCGGCGGCGACAGCGGCGAUGGAAAGGACCCCUUUUCCUCCCGUGUGUGGAAGGAUUUCCGGGAGAACGAGGAAAAGUUGGACGCUUUCUUCGAGGAGGAGGUGGAGGGCGGAAGCCUCGCCGGAGUGAAGGAAGACGGUGGGAGGAGGGAAGAACGGGGGUGGCUGGAAGAGGAUCAGGGGUGGUUGCAAGAGAAGGGUCUCGAUGACAAAGACGAGGAUGCCAUAUUUAAAGGGAUCGAAGAGGAAAGUGGAGACACGGUUGUUGGUGGUGGUGGUUUUGAUGAGAGCAAUUUUGGAGGGGAUUUCAAACCUUGGAGCUUGAAGGGUGAGGAAGAGGAGAAGGAGGAUGUGUUUAAUUUCAAAGAGGAGGAUGUGGGCCUUGAAGGGGACUUCACUGCUUUGGAUAUUAAGCCUAAAGUGGAUGUUGAACAGCUUGAGAAGGAAGAGCAAGCUCUCACUGCUGUUGUUAAAGGCCCAAAACGUGCAUUUGGUGAUUUGAUUGCUGCAUCUGGGAUCACAGAUGAAAUGCUUGACAGUUUGAUUGCGUUGAAAGACUUUGAUGGGGUUGAUGGGUUGCCCCCUCUUAGUGUAAUUGAAGACAUGCGAUAUGAGAAAAAUACUAGAAAAUCCACUAGAGCUGAAAUGGAGCGUCUGAAGCAAGAGGAAGCUGCAAAAGCUAGAGUGAAGCAAGUUGAUGAGAAAGGACGUGCUUACGGUACAGGAAGAAGAAAAUGCAGUGUUGCACGAGUCUGGGUUCAGCCUGGUAAUGGUAAAUUUUUAGUUAACGAUAAAGAGUUUGAUGUGUAUUUCCCUAUGCUUGAUCAUCGUGCCACUCUGCUUCGACCUUUCUCCGAGACAAAGACUUUGGGGCUGUGGGACGUCAAUUGUACCGUGAAAGGAGGUGGUGUUUCAGGGCAAGUUGGAGCUAUACGAUUGGGGAUCAGCAAGGCUUUGCAAAACUGGGAACCAGAUUUGCGGCCUGCACUUAGAAAUGCUGGUUUCCUGACAAGGGACUCACGAGUGGUAGAAAGGAAAAAGCCUGGAAAGGCCAAAGCAAGAAAAAGUUUCCAAUGGGUCAAGCGUUGAUACUACAACUAUCUUUCUCUGGAUGGUCAUUUUUGUAUGGAAUUAAGCAUUCCUCAAUAACAUGUUGAAAUUCGUUUGUCUUGUACUGCAUCACCUGUGAUGUAAUCAACGUUUGAAUUUCAAUGACUAAUAGCUGUAGAAAAUUUUGCUCACGGAUGUUAGGAUUCAUCACUCCUUGGAGAGAGCUCCUGAUUGCUAUUUUUUUCCUUAUCCUUACUUUUGCAAAUGAAUGUUGUAUUGCAAGUUUGCAACUUUAGUUAGUUAUUGCAGGGA